AUGUAUCACCCUGUCGGACCCCCUCCACGCAAAAUGUCUGAGAAUGGCAAUCCGGGAGUACACAACCGAGUACCUUAUAAAGUAGGGACGCCUGGUGUCCAAGCUCCACACCGCUCCGUCUCAACCGAGUCGAAAGCCUUCUUAGUCGAAGGUGAGCAAGCGGCAUCUGUACUCUCGAACCUCGAUGAGUUCAAACAGUGUGAAUGUGGUCAAUCGUGCAAUCCUUCGAAACCCUGCUCUCGCAGGCUGUCCUCAUCCAAUACUUUCAAUCCUAAAGGAUUACUCUUAAAGACUGUAAACGGCAGAGGCGAUGGGCGAUAG